AUGUCUUCAAGGUCGAAAAAGAUAAUGGAAUUGAUUAAUUUUACAACUGAACCUGCUCAUGAUACAAAAGCUCAAAUUCAAGAUCCCAUUCUGAACCCAGACCCUAGUCAAUCUCCUAUAGAUGAAGAUAGUUCAGUUCAGAAUGAUGUAGUUGAUGUCGCGAUGUUACGUGAUAUUACUAAUAAACUUGAAAACCAGCGUUAUUACAAUGCUACGGACUUUUUUGUUAACUACAAUGUUUCACCCGUACAUUCUGAACCAGUACAUCCUUCAUCACGUCGAUCAACAUCUAGCUCCAGCAGAUCCUCAUCCUCCAGUUUAAGCAGCUCCGGCAGUUCCAGCAGUUCCUCAUCUUCAUCUUCUGAUGAUGAUACUGUGGUACAACCUUCUACUUUCGAUCACGUGGAUGAUAAUACUAUCAAUAACACAGAUACUACAGCUAAUGGACAGUCAACAAACGAACAAGAAACAAGUAAAAUUGAAAACUCUGAAAUGAACGAACUCAACAUAGAAGAAGAAAUAGAGAUUAUUAAGAAGAAAGGUAGAAAGCGCACAAGUAAUCCUCAAAAAUGGAAACAAAACUUAAAUAAAAUUCUAAGAAAUUCUGGACGAUCUUAUGAGACUACGAAAAAGAAAACUGUUGCGGCUCGUGAAGUGAAACCACCUUGUACAGACAAGUGCAGGCUUAAAUGUUAUGAAAAGUUUACAUCUCUUCAAAGACAGGCUAUUUUUGAUACCUAUUGGAAUAUUGGUGAACUCAAUCUGCAGCGAUCGUUUAUUCAGUCUUGUAUGUCCGAUGUUACUCCUAGGUAUAAAUAUACAAAAGCCAUGCGCCCGAGGCAAGCUAAUAAAGCUUUUCAUUUUAUAGUAAAUGGUAGACCAAUCCGGGUUUGUAAACCAUUUUUUGUUGGUACGCUGAAUAUAUCCGAUCGUGUUAUUCGUACAGUAAUCCAAAAGUGUCAAAACCAUGGAGUUUUACAAAAUGAUCGAAGAGGUAAACACGACAACCACACCACUACUGAUGAAACACUGAUUUCAGACAUUAAAACUUUUAUAGACUCAAUACCAAGGGUUCCGUCACACUACACAAGGCAAACAUCUACUCGCGAAUACAUAGACGGGGGCAAAACUAUUACAGAUCUCUUCAAUGACUUCAAAGUAGCGCAAGAGAAGAAGAGUAAGCCCUAUGGAGUCAAAGACUCUUUCAGAGUUGAUUUUAAAGUGCCUACCUAUUAUAUACAAAUUGUGUACUGUGAU